AAUGCAGCCCUAGUCCUUCGUCCACCUCUCUGCAUUUUCACUCAGGAAUUUCACACAUUGUGGGUGUCAUUUACGCCAAGAAGCUGCACCAUUCAGUGCCCAGUGCCACUCAGAGAGAGGCUCAACCAACAUGCCACCCAAAAAAGCUUCCUCCGCCGCUUGGCCGCCCAGACGCACCCCAAGAUCCACCGCACGAAAAUCCACUCAAAAAGCUUCAUCCGCUAACUCUCCUCCUCCCCACGCCGUCUCUGCCGAUGAUUCACCUGGAACUCCAACCGCCACCGCCACCGCCACCUCACCACUAAAACCAAACCUUUCUUUCUCCUCUCCCAAAACCAUUACCCCAUCAACCUCUCCCAAACAAAAUACAACCCUCGAAUCCUCUCUUCAAAAUCAAACAACAACCAAAGCAUCUCCAAAAACUAACCCUAAUGAAACCACCCCCGAAUUUUCGCCUAAUUAUGACAUCACCCCAAAAUCUUCUUCUCGGACAAACGUUGCAUCAGCACACCCUAUGGCCUUUCCUGAUGUUUACGCUAAACGUACUGAUGAAUCUAUCAAUGAUGGUGUUAGUGAAGUUCAGGCUAAAACAGAAGUUGAAAGAGCCGAGUCCGUGACAGUUCUGCCCGAAACAAAGCCUAGAACUGAUGAUCGAUCCAUGGGCGAACUGGAUAUUGAUGAAACCUUAGCUGAGAAGGGCCUGGUGAUACCGGAAAAUGUUGUGGAAAUUGAAGUUAGAAGUGGCCAAGUAACGGCGCAAAAGAGUCCAAAAAAGGUGUUGAAGAAGACAGUGAGGGUUGUAAAAAAGAUUGUGAAGAAGAAAGUGCCCAAAAGGGUGCUCAAGGGUCAGAAUGCUUUGGGGAAUGCGGAGGUGGAGAAGUUGGAAGGUAUCGAUGGUGGUGAAAGGCCCAAUUCUGGUGGUUUGGGCGAGGUGGAUGCUAGGAAUUCUAAUGCUGAUGCUGUUGAAUCCUUUUCAGUGAAAGUUGAAAGUAGUAAGGCUAAUGAUAGUAGUUGUAUGGAAUUCGAAGAUUCCAAUGCUAUUGCUAUUGUUUCGGUGGAAGCCGAAAAUUUUGAGUCUAAAAGUUGUAGUUUUGACUUGGUGAAAGUUGAAAAGCAUAGUUUUAGUGUUGACACUUCAAUUGAAGUUGGAAAUUUGAAGGAGACCAAGGUUUGUGAAAGAAAUCCGGAUGGGUUGAUAACUGAAAAUGUAUGUCAAGCUCCGGUUUCGGAUUCUGUUGGAGAUAAGAUUGAUGCAGGUGCAGUUGAGAAGACUGUUUCAGAGAAUGAAGCUCAGUUGGAAGACCAAAAUGUGGCUUCGGUUGAAAAUCAAAACAAUAUAUGCACAAGUGAGAAUGUGAACUUGGAUGGUUUGGAAGACCAAAAUGUGGCUUCGGUUGAAAAUCAAAACAAUAAAAGCACAAGUGAGAAUGUGAAUUUAGAUGGUGGUGAAGGUGAGGAGGCAGUGAAGGAAGAAGUAGGGAAUAGUCAGGUGGAAGUGGGGUUGGGUGAUGGAUUACUAUUGAGUGGGGAAAUGGAGGCAUUGGAGAGGCGGAGGAGGCGGAAAACAGAGAUUUUUGUUGGUGGGUUGGACAAGGAUGUGAAGGAGGAAGAUAUCAGGAAAGUUUUUGAAGAGGUUGGUGAGGUUACAGAAGUGAGCUUGGUGAUGAAUGGGAAAACAGGAAAGAACAGAGGGUUUGCAUUUGUAAGGUUUGCUUCAUUCGCUGAUGCUAGGACUGCUUUAGCAAAAUACUCCAAAGUUGAGAUUUGUGGAAAGCGGUGCGGCGCGUUACCUGUUGAGGGCAAUGACACUAUAUUUCUUGGUAAUAUUGACAAAAAGUGGAAGAGUGAAGAUGUCGUUACACUGUUGCAGGAGAUAGGUAUUGAGAAGAUAGAUGAAGUUACCGUUAAGGCUGAUCCUAAUAACCUUGAGUAUAAUCGUGGGUUUGCGUUUCUUGAGCUUGAAACCAGCAAAGAUGCUCAAAUUGCGUAUAAUAAACUCCAAAAGAAGGGUGCUUUUGGGAAGCACUUGAGGAUUAAAGUUGAAUGGGCCAAACCCUUGAUUGAACCAGGUGAAGAAGAAAUGCGUAAGUUGGAAAAACCAGCUAUCUGGGUCAAAUCAGUUUAUGCUGAGUAUAUACCUUCCACAUGGGAUGAAGAGAAAUAUAUACCUUCCACAUGGGAUGAAGAGAAAGUGAUAGACUACUUCAAAAAAUUUGGUGAAAUUGAAAAUGUUGCUCUUGCCAAAGAUCUUCAUUCAUCCAAGAGAAAGGACUUCGCAUUUGUCAAUUAUGCAACCCGUGAGGCUGCUCUUGCAUGUAUUGAGGCAUUCAACAGUGAGCAAUUGAAUGAUGAGGGGUCCAAGGCAAAUAUGAAGGUAUCUCUUGCAAAACCCAUAUCAAAGGGCAAGCAAAUUAAACAUGUUCCAAAUACUUCCAGUAAGGAAAUUUCCAAAGAGAAUAGAAAUGCAGCCUAUCCUGUCACAAGGCUGCAUGAACCAAAAAACAAGGGAAAAUUUACCAGAAAUCCUUAUGCAGAUGUUGGAGUUGAUAAACGGUCUUCUACUACUGCUGAGCUUGUACAACUCUUGAGGGAACAAGCAUCAUGGAGUCAGACACAGCCAGGUUCAGGCAUAGGCUCUGUUGAACUGGAUUCUCAUUACCCAUCACAAGGAAGAAAGCGGCCAUUUUCUGCGCUGGGAGAUGAUCGAAUUUAUUCAGAUCCGAGAAGGUUUCCUCAAGCGCGCUUGGAAAGUUCUUAUCCAUUGACAAGUCACAGUAUGUUGUCUCAGGGUGUUGCCGUAUCAUCUUUGCCGUAUCAUCGACAAAGUGGUGGUUAUACAUCUCAGUCAUCAUCUGUGGUUGAAGAUUAUGCUAAUUACAUACAGACAAGAGAACAAGCCUCAUUCCAUGGAAGUAGUGGUUUAUACCGUAGAUGCUCUGUUGAACUGGAUUCUCAUUACCCAUCACAAGGAAGAAAGCGGCCAUUUUCUGCGCUGGGAGAUGAUCGAAUUUAUUCAGAUCCGAGAAGGUUUCCUCAAGCGCGCUUGGAAAGUUCUUAUCCAUUGACAAGUCACAGUAUGUUGUCUCAGGGUGUUGCCGUAUCAUCUUUGCCGUAUCAUCGACAAAGUGGUGGUUAUACAUCUCAGUCAUCAUCUGUGGUUGAAGAUUAUGCUAAUUACAUACAGACAAGAGAACAAGCCUCAUUCCAUGGAAGUAGUGGUUUAUACCGUAGAUGUAAGUGA